AUGAAAUUAGUCUGGGUGAUCUCAUCCUUUCUCCUGGAUGAUGAUGACGAUGAUAAUGAUGAUGAUGAUCAUCAUCAUCAUAGGACGGCAGACCAGGGUACAGUCACGAAAUUAUAUAGAAGCGGGUAGGUAAAUAAAAACCAAGCAAGGCUUAGGAAUCAAUUGUACAACAGAUUGAUUAUUCCCCCCUACUGCUGUAAAACCCUCGAGGAUGCUUCUACAUCGGACGAUGGACCAAAAGUGCAUGCCAGUUCAAUUAGUCAAGACCAACCCAAAUUCUUAAACAAUAAAUAGCAAAGCCACAACUACACUGAUUGGGCAUUAUAUUAUGCUCAACUUCUCAUUGUAACAGUGAUAUUCACAAAUAUGUCUGAGCAAGACAAAUCAUCAGAACCCAAACGUCCAAAGUGAGGAACAUGUUCUUCCUCAUCAUAAAGGAUGAAGUUCACUCUAUCAAUCCACCUAAAGGUGAUCAAGAUUUGUAACUAUGUCAGGGUGGUGAUCUGAGAACAUUGGUGCCACCUAUGUGAGGCUUAAUUUUAAACAUAUGUAAAAAAUUACUUUCAAAUUUAAACUAAUUACCGAUAAAAGUGAAAACAAAAUGA